AUUAACUUCCGCCUGAAAUAGAGAUAUCCAUCACCACACCUAUCGUCUAGCAAACGCACUGAAACCAUCACCAUGAAGUCCAUCCUCAACUACGCUGCCCAAGGCGUCAUGGCCUUCGCAGCUGUAAUGCCAGCUUCCGCGCAGAACCUCUCCUACGGCGCCGAUAACUUCUACCGCAGCGAAUCCGUCGCAAUCCAGCCCAUCCACUUCAACACCGUUUACAACACUACCAUCGUCGGCAAUCUCUUCACUUCCAGAAAUGCUAGCCGCAACACCAACUCCCCCGCCAUCGUUGUCGGCCAUCCCAUGGGCGCAGUCAAGGAACAAUCCGCCAACCUGUACGCUAGCAAGUUGGCCGAACAGGGCUUCGUCACCCUGACCCUCGACCUCCCCUUCUGGGGCAGAAGUGACGGCCCGCAGAAUCUCGUGUCGCCUGAUUUUUACACCGAGGCUUACAGGGCUGCGGUCGAUCACCUGGGGACUUAUAACUUUGUUGAUCGGGAUCGUAUCGGCGCGCUUGGGAUUUGUGGCAGCGGCAGCUUUGUCAUCAAUGCGGCCAAGAUUGACGAUCGCAUUCAGGCCAUUGCUACUGUAUCCAUGUAUGACAUGGGCACCGUCAAUCGCCAGGGGCUUCGUCGAGCUGUAUCGGUUGAGCAGCGCAGAGCAGUCAUCGCCAAUGCGUCACAGCGGCGAUGGGCUGAAGUCGACGGAGCACCAACUGGAUACACCGGCGGCACUCCAAAUGAACUCACCAGCCAAACUGAUGCUGUCUCUCGUGAGUUCUUCGACUUUUACCGCACCGUUCGGGGCGAGUUUACCCCUGAGGACUGGCAGCGCAACCAGACUACUCAACCUUCGCUCGUUACCAAUGUCAACUUCCUCAACUUUUACCCCUUCAACGAUAUCGAAACCAUUUCACCUCGUCCUCUUCUCAUUAUUUCUGGCGAUCAGUCACACUCUAGGGAGUUUAGCGAGAAUGCUUAUCGUGAGGCUGGUCAACCUAAGGAGCUUUACUGGGUGCGUGGAGCUGGCCAUGUUGAUCUUUAUGAUCGAACUGAGAUCAUUCCUUUCUCCAAGCUCAGCGAGUUCUUCCAAGAGAACCUCAUUUAAGAACUAAAUUAACUGAAUAUUUAGUAUUCUCACUCGUGGCGCCGACUCAUUUUUCGUGGCUUCUUUUCACUUCUUCAGGUUCGAUGCUCAAUGCAAAAACCUUAACUCUUGCGGUUAUUACGUUUAUUUCGCCAGUAGAAAUAAAAAACACUUAUAUUUUUGCCUAAAACCUAGUCCUUCAGCGCCAUAAUCGCUUCCUGAUUUACC